ACACAGUUUCCUUAUUAACUCAAACUUGAGCUACCUAUGUGGUAAACUUGGUUUGGCCAGUGUGGGUCCUAAGGAAUUUGAUAUUUCUCCAGAUUGGACCAAGAUAAAACCAAAAUACCCCAAACAUGUAUUCGAGAUCAGAACUAAGUGGCCGUGGUUUUGGACCCAAUGGGGUCAGUGUGAUUGUUCACCAUGAAUUAGUUCUCAAAGACGGAACCACAUUGGCACUCAAGGCCUGGUUCCCUAUUUUGGAUCGUCCUGGUGGGCCAACUUUUGAACAUGAUCCAAUUGAAGUGUAUUGUGAACCAGAUUGGAAAAAAGAGUGCCGUCAAAUCAAGGCGUUUCCAACAGUUUUGGAAUACAUUCCAUAUGGCAAAAGUAGUUAUACCAUUCAGCGUGACCACAUGCGACACCCUUGGUUAGCCAGUCAUGGGUACGUGGUGAUUCGGGCAGAUAUGAGAGGCUCUGGUGACUCCACAGGCCUCUAUUUUGAUGAGUAUUUGUCCCAAGAGCAACAAGACGCUUGUGAGCUAAUAGAUUGGAUUGUGGAACAAGAAUGGUCCAAUGGUAAAGUGGGCAUGUACGGGAAGUCUUGGGGUGGUUUCAAUGGUUUGCAAGUGGCCCACAACCAGCCUUCUGGCAUUAAGGCCGUUAUUUCCUUGUACUCGACCGAUAAUCGGUUCACGGACGACAUCCAUUACAAAGGAGGAUGUGUGAUUGGAAAUGGGAUGCUCUCUUGGGCUGCUGUUAUGUUCACAUGGAAUUGCCGACCCCCACAUCCAAAAUUCUGUAAUGAUUGGAAGUCCCAGUGGAAAACCAAGAUGGAAUUGGCGUCAAGUUCUUGGAUAGAGCAAUGGCUCAGUCACCAGGUACAAGAUUCUUAUUGGAAACACGGCUCCAUUGAUCAAGACUACUCCAGGAUACAGAUACCGGUUCUCGCCAUUGGAGGCUGGCAUGACGGUUACACCAACGCUGUCUUCCGGAUGGUUGAUCAAGUACCCAAUUGUCGGGCCAUCAUUGGUCCUUGGUCUCAUGAUUGGCCCGAUGUGGCUUUGCCUGGACCUCAGGUUGGGCUCAUGAUGGAAUGCCUCGAGUUUUGGAACCACCAUUUGAAGGGCGAAAAAAUUAAGAGGCAGGAUGAAGUAAAAAAAAUGAUUUGGUACCAAUGCCAAGGCGAUCUUCCACCUGGGCCUAGCGUGGAAUCAUGGCCUGGAAAAUGGCGACAGGCUAACAAUACUCGUCCAGUCGAUGUCGUAACAUUUCAAUGUGGCGAAAAUGGGGAGCUUUUUAAAAGGACCAGUUCCGAAGAAAACCCUCGUUUUUGUUUCUCAAAGAGGCGGCUGUCCUUCAAUGGAUCAAGUGGCCUUUGGUGUGGGGAAUGGCUUUCGUUUGGCGCACCCGAUUUAGCAGGAAAUCAAUCUUUCGCUAAUGCUAGGGACGCAACGUGGACCACGAAACAUUUGGACCGUCAGCUACCCAUGUUUGGGUUCCCUAAGGUCCAUAUUGAAGGCUACGUGUCCAAAGGCUUUAAGGGUUGUCUGGUGGCCCGUCUUUGUGAUGUGUUUCCGGAUGGUAAAUCUCGACUAUUAUCGUAUGGCGUAAAAAAUCUGACCCAUCUUAUUCACGAAGACCAAACGUUUUCCAUCGAGAUUCAGUUGGACGCCAUCGGAUACACCGUCAAUCCUGGUCAUUCGCUGUCAAUUUCGUUCUCGACAGGAUUCUGGCCAACGAUUUGGCCUAUUCCAUCUUCGCCGAAAGGUCAAGAUUGGGUCGUUUGGAUGCAAAGUGCUGAUUUGAGGCUUCCUAUUGUGGAGGAAAGCACGUGGAACAAGGAAGAGGAACCUCCUCUCUAUAAGUUGGUUCCAAAGUUACCCUGUUAUGGACCGAGCUUGGAACGGAGGACUUUACGACCUGCUAAUUUUGAACGGACCCUCUCCAUGGGACUAUCAAACCCUAGGAAUACCCUUCAAAUGAGCAACGACGAAGGUUCGUUCUUGUUCCCUACCCAUGACAUGGUGGUGGGCGAAAAUGAGGAAUGUACCUAUUCCAUGGAUGGAGAUAAUGCCAAUACGGCUAAAGCCGUGGUUCGCCAUGAAUACGAAUGCGUCUACCAUGUGUCCACAGCCGAUUGCCAAAAGGUCUUUAUCACAACGAAGUGUUCCAUGAGGGGGAACGCGACUCACUUUUUCAUUGAAAGUAAACUUCAUGUCCAACUCAACGGCCAAACGUUCUUCGAACGAGUGUAUCAUCACCAAAUCGAAAGGCAAUGUGUAUGAUCCGUUGGGAAAUACUCACGUCUUUGUC